AUGCCUCAUCCGCUGCCGCCUUAUGGCUCGCUGCCACAAGGCGACGCAGAGGGUUGCCACCUGAUCUCGGAGAAUUACGCGUAUGCACUUCAGUUUAUUCUGGGAUUCGCUGCGUUAGCUGGUCUGGUGUUCAAGCGAUGGCGGGCUCCGGUGAAGCGCGACUUGGUGGUGUGGAUGUACGACGUUUCUAAGCAAGGCUUCGGCGCGAUGUUUAUCCACGUGUGGAACAUUCUCCUGUCGAUACACGAGGGCGGUGGGAUUCCAGGAUCGGACGAAUGCGCCAUGUACUUCGUGAACUUCUCGUUAGAUAUUGCCAUCGGCACGUUCAUGAUUUGGUGCUUCGUCAGGGUCCAGGAGCUUACUGCAGUGCGAUGCGGCAUCGAUAGCCUCAAGGUUACGGGGGACUACGGGACGCCGCCGCUGUUCUCGGUGUACCGGACGCAGCUGCUGGCCUACACGGUUAUCCUUGUGAUCUGCAAGGCGGUGACGACGGCCAUCGUGAUCGCCAUGGACGAGGUGCUUUCCUCCCUGGCGAAGGCCUUGUUCUCCCCCGUCAGCGCCUACCCGGAGCUGGAGCUCACUCUCGUGAUGAUCAUCUGCCCUUGGAUCCUCAACGCACUGCAAUUCUGGAUCUUGGACAACGUGCUCAUGUCGGAGAAGGUCAUGCUGGACCCGCGUUCGGGCUCAUUCGGAAAGUGUUCGCACGGCUUUCUUGCUGUUGCCGGGACCUUCUGAUCGAGAGACGAGGCAAGUGACCGCGGGUCCCGUGUCGGUCAUUUUUUUUGCUGUCCAACAAUGGUUUAUCGGUGGAAGUUGUAGCUAGCGGGGUGCCAAGCGGCUGCAAUGGCUGUUAGUUGGCAGGAGGGGCGACAGCUAGAAGUCGGGCUUGCUACGGAAAACUGUGUGUGUGUAGCGUAGCUUUGACGGCACGUUUUUUUGUUUCUUGUGCUGUUUGGGAUACAAGAGCGGGUAUGCAUAUAUUUCAAGAAAUUCUCUGCGACUGUUGCGUGAAAAGCCGGUGUGUUUGUGUUUUUCCUAUCUUGGGCAGGCGUCGUGGUUGGGACCGACUUCAUCGAGACUGCUCGGCUCUGCUGCUGCCGCAAAAGUUGUCCCCUUCUCUGCACAGAACACAUGUGCGAGAAAAUCGCAUAUUUAAGGGGUAACUACCCUUCGUUGUUCAGUGUUGUUUUUCCAGCAGGCCACUUGUAUCUCGCGUUGCCCCAGGAUAAAUAAUUGCGGGUGGUAACGUUGACAUUUGGUGUGCUUGUUUCGCUUUUAGCUUGUACUGGUUGUUGUCUUUGUUUCGUGCACCUUAAAACAAACUUACUAU